AUGACGGAGAGCGGCAGUCGCGACGGCUCUGAAACAGAAACAAAGCAGCUCCAGGCUAACGCCACGACGGAGUACUGCUCAAAGUUGCAGCGGUGGAUGUGGGAGUAUUACUGGGGACAUGCUAGCUGGCAGAGCUGGGCGGCUCUGUCAGCCAUCCCCUUGCCACCGCCGAGCUCUGCCGCUCAGACACCGGCUGCUCAUUCUUCCAUUCCCGCCAGCGGACAGCAAGCGUUUGAGCUCGGGAACUGGUUCGGCUACCCGUACGCUUUCAGACACCCGGGGUCCUCGACUCCUUACCCGGGUGGUCUGCAGGCGGAGCAGCGCUCAGCCGCGACCGACGUGCGGCAGCAGAACGGAAGUCCACCACAAGCAGGACGAGAGUACACCAUCCCCUCCCCUCUUCAGAGAUUACUGGCGGAGACGGUGGAUUUCUUCAUCCUGUUUUGUGUGAAGGCCACCAUCGUCUUAUGGAUCAUGCAUCUCUUCGGAAUGAAGGACAUUGCCAAGUUUAUCACCCACUUCAUCAUUGAGGAGAUCGAUGAGAACACGUCCAUCGAGGACCUGCAGAAAAUGAUGGCGGUCGCUUUGGUUUACAGAGUAUUGGUCUGCGUUUAUGAGACAAUCUGCAUUUGGGGCGCCGGAGGUGCGACUCCAGGGAAGUUCCUGCUCGGUCUGCGGGUGGUGACAUGCGACACGUCCACCAUGGUACGGCCCAACCGCAUUUUUGUGGUUCCAGCAUCUAAUGUUUCUCUGUCGGCCUCCACUGUGCGAGCGUUGAACAAGAACUUCUCCAUCGCUUUUCUCUUUCCUGUCUUCAUCACGCUCCUCUUCUUCCAGCACAACAGGACAGUUUACGACAUUGUGGCCGGGACCAUAGUGGUCCAACGCAGAGGGGCCUAAAAGGUUGCCCCCUUAACCCCAACCUCCUGUUUCUCAGACUCGGUCACUGCUGCAUGUCAAAGAGUGAUUGUUCUGUUUUUCAUCAGGAUUCACCUAAUUUAUUUUACAUUAAAAUUUUAUUGCACUGAAAAGAAUAAUGGGUCAUAACAUCUCUACACUGAAGUUGGGCUACGCUUUAAAAGGACACAAAUACAGAUGUGGUAGCAGAAUAUUAAGUUAGAUGAAAUGAAAGGCGUGUGAGGAUUUCAGUUUUAUCAAGUGUCAACUGAAAAAAGUCUCUUUGCCUCUUUAAGGCAAAAAUAUAUGCAAAGUCAACCUUUUUUUGUUUUAAAAUCUGUUUUCAAACACCUACAUAUGAUAUGGAUAUGGUCUUUUUGUAGCUGUUGUGGCAUUAAUGCCAAACAAUUUACUUUUGCCUAACCCUAUAUAUGCAACUUUCAGGUCAAAUCGGAAGAUGUAUUGUUUGAUCAAGCUAUUUAUUUCAUGCUUUAUGAAUAAAAAAAGGCAGCAAUGAAUACAUUUAAAAAUAUACUUAAGUAAAAUAUGAAAUACAUCAGCAGGACUGACAUGGCACCAGGCCAAUCCAACUUUUUAUGUCUCCAGAUUUGUUAGCAGAGCUGCUGUUUGCUCCAAAGUUGUUCAUGCAGACCAAAAUGCAAAAUAUCUGCACACAAAACUUAAUAGAUUGCACAUACUUUUGGUUUUUUGAUUCAAAAAAAGAAAAUAGUCUUGCUCUGUGACUGGGCAGCUGUUUGGAUGUCCUCUGAAGUAUUAAGAUUGUUUUGUAAAUUAAGAAAGGGUUGCAGUGAAGCGAUGUUGCGUAAUCUGUCAGUAUGUAGGUUUUUUUCUUUAUCUUUUGAGUUAGGAGACAAUUUAUCAUGUUUCUUUAGUAACUCUGCUCAUAUCUAGAACCUCAGUUUGGUUAGAUUUUUCUUUAUGGAUUCUUUUCCUAUUGUUAAAGUCAGUGAUAGUUUCAGUAAGGAAAUUAUAUAUUUAGUUUCCUUUGGGAAACUACAGUAUAUAUAUAUAUAUAUAUAUAUAUAUAUAUAUAUAUAUAUAUAUAAUGCAGUCAUACUGUUGCUAAAAACAAAGAGAAAAUGUCCAUUUAUUGUGCCUAUGGAUGAUUUGAACUGCUUUGAUUUAGUGAAAGUUUCUAUGUUAUAUUAUGCAUAGUUUGUAAGUUACAAAAAAGUCAUUUUGUGACUCAGGGCAACUUGUUAGCAUUGACAAUAUUUUACUUAAUAUUAAAUGUCAUUUCUGUAUAUGAAUAAUUUGAGAACAUUCUGGUAUUAAAGUACUAUGCAGUAAAUGGAUUUAAUCCAUGCAAGAAGUAUAUUUGUGUUUGCAUUGUCCCACCAAUGGAUGUCUUUACCUGGACUUACCCUCCAAUCACACUAAAAUGUAAGCAAUGCAAGAUUUUAGAUUUAAAUAAUCCAUAUAAAUUAACUGUUUUUAAGAAAAAUCUGGUCACAUAUGUUAAGUACUAGUGUUUAAAUGAUUUUCCUGUUUCUCUUCCUAUGUUUCUCAGUAUUAACUGACUGGCCAAAAAAAAAAAAACAUUCAAACAUUAA